AUUGUUUCUUUUGUAACACUCUCUUUCCUCUCUCCAUAUUUUCUCAUAAACUACCGUUCGUUUCGCUCCCUCUCAAUUUUUUCAUUCUUGUCUCUGCUUCUUUCUUCCGCCCAGGUGAAAAGUCGUAGAAGAAGGUAAAAUCACAGCUUCGGACUCACGCCCCUCAACAGCUGAAAGUCUCGUCGCCAGAACGCCACCGCACCACCCUUUUUAUCUCGCGUUUCUUUUCCUUUCAACCAGUUGGGAUCUAUAGGAAGCAAUGUACUGAACUGGGUCUCAUUCACAUUCUCUCAGAACUAGCUGGUUGAAGUUCUGUCCCAUUUUUCUAGUUCAGUUGAUAGGGUUAGCAACCAAGUUUGGACCAUGAUGGUGUUUGUUUCUGGGUUGCAAGCAAGUUCAGGUUUGGUUCAUUGGCAUCCUAAACUACCAUUCAAGGGUGAAAGAUAUGAUUCUGCCAGAUUUAAUGACUGCAAUGCCAUCCAACUACCAGCUAGAGUGAUCCAUAGAGCAAGGAUCCAAUAUUCUCGUCCAGCGCAUUUUGGCACCAGAUAUGCAAUGUCUGGAGGAAAAAGUGGAGAAAGAAUUCAACAUCAGUUUAGCUCUGGCGAUGACUUGUCUGAGGAGCCCUUUUGGGUCAGUCUGAUCAAGGACGCCGUGUGGGGUUUGAAAUCUUUACUUGUAUUUCUGGCUGAGCAACCUAGUCAGCUGAAGUAUAUAGAAUGGCCUGAUCUUCAAAGCACGCUGAAGACUGCUAUCCUCACCCUUGUUCUUGUAGCAGUUCUCAUUGUGGCAGUAUCGUCAGUUGACUCUGCCCUCAGCUACAUGUCGACUUUGAUUCUCAGAAAAACCCCAUAAUUUUCAAGGUUAUUCCUAGAAGUGUAUAUUUCAGGGUAUCCGUGUUCCUACUUGCAGAUGCUCAUCUGUUCAUCCGAUUGGAUGGAGAAGAGAGAAAAAAUAAGCAGAAAAUAUCUGCAUGCCUAUUCAAAACUGGAAAAGCUAGUCAUCUUUGGAAUUUUGUUAUCAGAGCAGUAAUGUAACUUCUCAAUGAAGAAGUAGACUUGCAUAAAAAGAAUUCAUAAUGUUGCUCCACGCCCUAAUGUUUUAUUGCUUUUUGAAAAAUUGUAGGAUAUUCUGCCUAAAAUCAGGAGAAGCAAAAUUUAACGAAAUACUGCUCAAGCUUAUGAUUGAAA